CGAGGGACUCGCGGUGGCCCCGGCCCGUCCGUGGUGUCGCUGUGGCCCGAGUCCCGCCCCGCGGGCCGCUCACCUUCAACCCUGGCCUUUCCUUGUCCUCGGGCGUUGCCGCCGCCUCAGUCCCUGAGGAGCACAACGGAGGGCAGCACACUCUCCUGCCAACGCUUUUGGGCUAACCUCGUCACCUUUCUAGUUCGGUGUCCCGUUUUGUCGGGACGUAAGUGGCUCUGAAUCCAGCACAUGCACAUUGAAGCAAGUUAAAGGGUUUAAUAUGAAGCGCAGAAGUAGAUAGUGCCAAAUAGCAAACAGUCCUCGGUACACGUUUCUGGAAAAGCAGUGUCCGUGUUGUUAUGUACACCUCCAAAAAAGUUCAGAUCUGUAGGGGAAUUGUUGUGUAAAGUAAACUGAACUACAGGGUAGCAGUAUUUUAAUAGCUAUUAUAGACGUGUAUUUACUGUAUUAAACAUGAGUAAAACAACAAGCAUUGACACACCACUAGGAAGAGUGAGUGGGGCAGCAUUUCCUUCUCCCACUGCUGCUGAGAUGGCGGAAAUUAGUCGAAUUCAGUAUGAAAUGGAAUACACCGAAGGUAUUAGUCAGCGAAUGAGGGUCCCGGAAAAAUUAAAGGUAGCACCACCAAAUGCUGACCUGGAACAAGGGUUCCAAGAAGGAGUUCCAAAUGCCAGUGUGGUUAUGCAGGUUCCAGAGAGGAUUGUUGUAGCAGGAAAUAAUGAAGACAUUCCAUUUUCAAGACCAGCAGAUCUUGACCUUAUUCAAGCAACUCCCUUUAAACCCCUGGCACUGAAAACACCACCUCGUGUACUUACGCUAAGUGAAAGACCACUAGAUUUCCUGGAUUUAGAAAGACCUCCUCCAACCCCUCAAAAUGAAGAAAUCCGUGCAGUUGGCAGGCUAAAAAGAGAGCGUUCUAUGAGUGAAAAUGCUGUUCGCCAAAAUGGACAGCUGGUCAGAACUGACUCCAUGUGGCACAGAUCAGAUUCUGCCCCAAGAUAUAAAAUUUCAAGGUUCCAGGCACCGAUUUCUGCACCGGACUACACUGUGACACCAUCGCCACCACAGGUUCGGGUCUGUCCUCCCCAUAUGUUACCUGAAGAUGGAGCUAACCUUUCCUCUGCUCGAGGCAUUUUGUCGCUUAUCCAGUCUUCUACUCGUAGGGCAUACCAGCAGAUCUUGGAUGUGCUGGAUGAAAAUCGCAGUGUGAGAAGACAAAAUGAAAUACGUUGUGAAAGACCUGUGUUGCGUGGUGGGUCUGCCGCCGCCACUUCUAAUCCUCAUCAUGACAACGUCAGGUAUGGCAUUUCAAAUGCAGAUACAACACUUGAAGCAACUUCAGAUGACAUGACUGUUGUAGAUGCAGCUUCAUUAAGACGACAGAUAAUCAAGCUAAACAGACGUCUACAACUUCUAGAAGAGGAGAACAAAGAACGUGCUAAAAGAGAAAUGGUCAUGUAUUCCAUUACUGUAGCAUUCUGGCUGCUUAAUAGCUGGCUCUGGUUUCGCCGCUAGAGGUAACCUCAGCUCUCAAAAAUAUUGACUCAACAGCUGGAAAUAUAAAGAAUUUGCAAACUUC